GUCCACUUUUCUUUUCUCGUCAUGUAUUUAUUUUGACAGCCAAAGCUCUUAAUACCGUAUACUACCAGCAUGACAGACAAAAGCGUCAGCUUGUUGUGUGAAGCAAGUGAAAGAGAGUUGAACACAAUCUAUUUUAAAAACACGCAUGUAAAGUCGUGAAAAGUAUUGGAUCUGUUCAAAGCAGUGCUGGACACAUACAAGCCAAAUUCAAACGAUUGUGUGGAUAUCUUUAUUCAAACAUUUAAGAAAUUCGGGUCGCUGUACUCUUUGACAGACAAGAAGCUCCAGUGUACAAUGAAUUGUAUGUUUGAGAGGUGCCAAAGCGUCAUCCGGUCUGAUGUAGCGCGAGCGCUCGUAUUGAAAGAACGCGUGGAGCAAAGCAGAACUUUUUACUGCGACCAUAUCACUGAAGCUGUAUUGAAGAACGAGACAAAUGCAGUUACGAACUCUUCGUCUUUAUCAAACACAGCAACAAGCGCAGCAGCGAAGAGAACAAUUUCUUUGGAUUCUGCACAACAAUCAAACAAGAAGCCAAGACGUCUGAAUGCCAGUUAUCUGAAAGCACUAAGCUGUGAUAAACAACUGCAAUGUUUGGCCGAGCAUUAUGGCAAGAACAGCCUUCUGGACCUGACCUCGCCUGGUGCUAUCCCUGUUCGCUUUGCCAAAGCUAAAAGACACACCUUUCAUCUGAUCUUUAAUUGCCAUUAUCCUUGA